AUGUCGAACACUCCACACUCACUUAAUCCUCCGACCUCAACUCCGAGGCCCCUGACUCCUCCUCCCGCGAGCCCAUACCCGCCGACGCGUCGCCACCCUGAACGGGGUGGCAUAGCUGUUUUCUCUGGCGGGACGGCGGCGAAUUUCCUAGUUGACGUGUUCGACAGGAUCACCACGAAAAAGAAGUGUCCCCUGCGCUACAUCAUUCCCAUCAGCGACAAUGGCGGCAGCUCGUCUGAGCUCAUCAGGGUGUUUGGAGGGCCUAGUGUUGGUGACGUGCGAAGCCGUCUCGUCCGUCUGAUUCCGAACCACAACGGCGACGAGGAAAGGACAGCUCUUAAGACCCUUUUUGAAUACCGUUUGUCUGCGGAUCCAAUGACAGCGCGAUCAGAAUGGCUCGACAUCGUGGAGGCACGGCACAUCUUGUGGACGUUCAUCCCGAGCCAGCAGAGGGAGCUUAUACGCUCAGUCUUCAACAACUUGAACCUUGAGAUAGUGAAGAGGAACAGGCCUACGAGUGUUUUCAACUUUGCCGAGGCCAGUGUCGGCAAUCUGUUCUUGACAGGAGCUCGACUCUUCUCUGGCUCCUUCGAGUCGGCGAUAUAUCUCCUCUCGCUGAUCUGCGCCAUCCCCGAGUCCACCGCCGUUCUGCCAGCUAUCAACUCUAAUUUCACUCACCACAUCUCGGCCGGCCUCGUCGACGGGUCUGUGCUCGCGGGCCAGGUCGCCAUCUCCCACCCCUCCGGCCCCACCGCCGUGCCGGACGACACCUUCCAGCCCACGGGGAACAAGCACCUCGACCUGGACCGCGUCGAGGACGCGAACCUGCCCGGGUCCCUGCCGGUGCUGCGCGGCCACCACGCCUUCUCCAAGGACGAGGAGGAGGACCUGGCGUGCCGGAUCGGGCGGGUGUGGUACAUCAACCCGUACGGGCACGAGAUCUGGCCGGUGGCCAACCCCAAGGUGCUGGAGGCGCUCGAGGACAGCGAGACGGUCGUGUACAGCAUCGGCAGCCUGUACACGAGCAUCAUCCCCUCCGUCAUCCUCCGGGGCGUCGGGGCCGCCGUGGCCGGCGGCGGCGUCAAGAACAAGGUGCUCAUCCUCAACAGCAAGACGGACCGCGAGACGGGCCCCGCGGCGAGCCCCAUGACCGCGGCGGACUUUGCCCGGGCCGUCGCGAAGGCGGCCAAGGAGAGCCAGACGGACUUUGGUAGCCUGGGCGAGGGCGAGAUCAGCAGAUAUGUCACGCACAUUGUCUACCUCGAGGGGGCCGAGGUGGGCGCCCCUGGCAUGCCGAGGGUCAACGUCGACGAGCUGGCUAGGCUCGGUAUCAAGUGUGUCAAGGUCAAGGGGCUGGUGGAGGGUGAGGGCAAGCGGAGGAUUGUGAGAUACGAGGAGACAGGCCUCGUCGAGGCGCUUGAGGGCAUCAUUGGAUGA